GUUGCUCGUCCUCGAUUAUUAAAAGCCCAGGAUAUCCCGGUAGCUACCCAGAAAAUACGGAUUGCACGUGGACAAAAUCAACCAGUUACGACACAAAAGUUAUCAGUUUCGACAUUAGCAAUCUUGAUCUCGAGCAGUGCGCACGAUGCACGUGCGAUUAUGUCGAAGUAUUUGAUGGAAGCAGUAAAAGUAGUAAAAGUCUUGGGAAAUUUUGCACUGGCCAAGUUUGUUUGUUAACCACAGGCAACUACUUAACGGUUGUGUUUCACACUGAUCACAGCAAAGGCGAAAAACAGAACAAAGGGUUUUACGCAACCUACAAUUAUAUAUCCCGAAGCUCCGGUAAGUUGCAAAUGAUUGACUUAAUUUUCCUUUUUCCAGUUGAAAUUAUCUAAACUGAUCAUCACGUGAUGACGCUUUGGUUACUGAAAACAAAAAUAAACGUUUCACUCUUUACAUGACCAGCGUUUUUGGCAUGCAGAACACCUCUAAAAGUUGACACUUGUGCCUAAUACUUUAGAUUUAGGCACGGCACUUUUUGAUCAUGUGAAUGAGGCAAAAAUCGGCACCCGUACAAAAUUAAAGGACCAAAGGUACCGAGAGUCACCUGACAAGGUAUAGUCUUAGAACAUCUAGCGUGCCUUGACGUGCCUGAAUUGCGAAAUAAUUCCAGAAGUAAGCAGAAGUAGCCCAAAUUGAGCGAUUUAAAUUGCCUUCAGCAUAUUAGCCUCUUGCGACUAAGAAAAUAAGAAACAGAAAAAUAUUCGAUAGUACUGAGAAGGAAAUUAGAUUGUAAAUGAAUAUAUAUAAAACGCGCAGUGUCGUAUAACUAGACGAGGCAACUAUGAUAACUUUUCGACUGAUGUGUACGGCGAGAUGAAAAUUCAAUUGCAGUUGAGAAACUGUAAAAAACCUCGAAAGAAACAUAAAAAAUUUACAAAACAUUGCAUAUAACUGUUAGGAAAGCUGUUCUUAAUACCGCUAUACUAAAAUAAUCGUUUGCUAAUUAUAUAACUGAUUAGUUCUUCGAAAUAAGUUUGAUAAGGAAUUUGGAACCAUUGGAAGUUUGCGUUAACGCAUCUCGUAUCCACAAUUAGUGUAAUAACGCAUAACUCUGGUUUGAACGGCUCGUUAACAUUUAGAACCGACAGAGCAAACCAGUAAUAAAUUCAAGAGGUUACUGCUUCGAAAUAAUUAUAGGAAUCAGGGAUUUUGCAAGAGAUUACGCAUGCAGUCUCUGGCGAAACCUAAACUGAUUAUAAUCUAUUUGUUUUAAGUCUGUGUUGAAGAAUCAAACACCAUUCGUACUAACUAUGCAAGUUAUGGAAAUUUGAACUGUUCGUGGACGUCUGGAAGUUACUUUGGGUAUAUUGUUGUACUGGAAGUCUCUUCACUCAGUUUUGGAACAUGUUCAGGCACCUGCAGCUGUGGGCAACUCGAUGUCUAUGAUACUUCUGCGGCAUCCCAAACGAAACUUGGAUCUUGGUGUUCUCUGCCUCAGAAAAGUAUUGUUUCCAAUGGAAACCGAAUGCUUGUACAGCUUGUUGCCACCCCCACAUCUACAGCACACUAUUUUCGAGCUACCUAUAAGUAUAUAAAAGAGAUCCAAGGUACUAAACAAUGUUGUUACAUUUAUUACAAAUUUAUGUAUAUCCUUGACAAUUUCUUCUUUGAAAGGUGAAUUAAUGCUGCUUUAAUGCUAUGUAGUUUUAUAAUUUUUAGCGAAAUUAAUUUAACUCAAGAAAAGAGGUUACCAAAAAAGUUCAAAUAAUGAUGGGCAGUAAAAACAAGAGUAUUAAAAUAUCUGUAUAGUAAAAGGCAUGCAACGUUCAUGUACUUUUACCGCAGAAAUUUUUUAUUUUAACUAAACUGACUUUACCCGCAAUGAUAAACGACUCAUGACCUCAUCCUGGAAAAGGUCGGAAGAAACAUAUAUGCAUGAGAACUAGGACGACUGGACUGUGAAAUAUACAGUAUUAUUAAUUUGUUCAUGUGUACCAUUUUGAAUUUAUAAUUACAGAUAAGUUUUCUCAGGGUUGCUGUGGUCUGUGGACUUUUCUUGCAGAAAUAGUAGCUUCAUGUUAGAAUAUUUAUAGAACUGACCUUUUAAAUGAAAAACACCUGUGUAAAAUAUACACUCGUGUCACUUUAUACUCAAUGGGUAUAGCCAGGAUUUCUAAAUUGAGAAAUACGGGCGCGAUUCCCAACAAGGAUGAUCACCUGAACCAUCUAAUAGUGCCUUAACUUGAACCGUAGCCCUAAUCUAACCACGAACCUAACCGGCUCUAACCCUAAUCUAACCUUAAUCUGACCCUAAUCUUACCCUAACCUUAAUCUAAACCUGACGACAUUUUUUAAAUCUAUCCCACCCUGCGCGUCCAGCCUCCAAUCUAAAACCAUUGUAUUGGUUUGGAUGGUUCAGAUGAUCAUCCUUGUUGGGUAUCGCCCGCAUUUUUCAAUUUAGAAAUCCUGGCUGUUAGCCAUUGAUAUAAUGUGACACGGGUGAAGUAUAGUACAUGCACUUAUUUGUAAUUGUUUUAUAGUUUGCGAACAGACAACUGAUUUGGAAGCAACUGCGUACUCAACUAAAACUGUGAGGAGCUACGACCGUCCAUCUAAGUAUAUUAAAGUUGUUGACUGCACAUGGAAAAUCACAGCAAAGGACGACCAGCUCAUUCGCUUUACUGUAAGCCAAUCGGACUUGGGCGGCUGCGCUUCCUGUGGAUUUCUUCAAAUAUUUGACGGUCAGAGAGAAUGGACCGGCACAAGUCUUGGAAAAUGGCGAUCUGGUACUCCAGACAUCAUCUCGAGUGGAAAAUACAUGACAGUAAAAUUUAAAACAACCAAGUUCGACACAAACAACGGACUUAUUGCAAUGUAUUACGCCAUUUCCAAAAAGAGUGGUUAGUAUAUGCAUUGGGGUUUGAAAAGGAUUUCUGUACACGUGCAGUAUACUUUUUAGGCAGCCUUUUGUCGGGGGGCUUUCGCAAUGAUGUCCAGAAGUGUUUUAAUUUUUUUCAAACUGGCUAGUAUGAACAUGUGCAAUGUGUUAUAUACUUUUAUCGCAGAUGAAGCUGAACCUCUCAUGUUGGUCCAAUUUAUUGUUAAUUUAAAAGAAUUCAUAAUUUCUGAUUGGCUAGUAACUGUCCAAAUAUUUAAUUUUAACAUAAGAUUCAACGGAGUGACGUCUACGCGGUGACGUCAUGCCACCAAUGACGACUGCCAAAGGAGUGAGGAAUUGUGCAAAACAAAUUGCUUCCUACAAACGGCCGCUCUUUUGUCUUUUAUAUAAAUAAUAAAACAUGCAAUUACUGAAUUCGGUUUUUGCAUGAUAUGAAAAUUUAUUAUAUGGCCUCAGUUUGUGUUACCAAUCUCAGCCUUCGGCUGAUAACACAAACUUUGGCUUGAUAAUUCUUCAUAUCAUGUUCAAUAUUUAUUAGAAAUGUGAUUGUAGUGUUCUUAUUUCACGUUGUAUUGUUUAGAAUGUUGAUACAUUAAUGCGUCCUGUUUCAUUGUUUGAGUUUUGGUUGGGGAAUGCUUUAAAAUGCUAUCUCGUACCCAGAGUAUGCCCGUUCGCAGGUUAGAUCCUGCCCAGCACCUGGGAACGAGAAACAUGGCAGUCAAUCGUAAAGCGCAUGCUCGAGUCUACGAAAAUGACGUUCUAUCUUUUGAGAGAACCAAACUUUUCGUUUAAUAACUGAUUUUAUAAUAUAGCAUUUGUAUAUUCUGAACGCUGAUUGGCUAAGAGCUGUGUUGAUAUAACUCAAUGUCAACACGGGAAAUUUUCCGCCGCUUGUAAACACGGAAAUUUUUCUUAUCCUUUGGGCUUUUGACAUUGCUAAAUCACCAAAAAGUUCUGAUGCGAAUCAGGCCAUUUUGGGACACGGUGGAUUGCAGGCCAGCUGUUUGGUUUCUUGGCAUCUAUUUUGGGAAAGCAUUUCAAAAACUUGCUCUACUGUCUGAAUAAAUAAGCGAGAAGGAAAGGAAUCUUUUGCAUGCCCUGUCUGAUUCAUUGUUUUCGUUUGUUUUGGAUUUACAACUUUACCCAUGCGCAUAGAUACUAUUGUAUCAGUUUACGGAAGAAUACAAUAGAAUGGAUUGAAUUAUGCAUAACGCUGAUUCCUAGUUACCAUUGUUCCAUUCUAUGUUUCCGUAUAUUACAACAAUAGUAACUAGAGGGCAGACGGAGACUACAUACUAUGACUUGCAUACCUCCGCCGAGGGGCGUAGGAACCGGGGGCACAGGGGCACGUGCCCCCCACCAAAUUUUUUCAAAGGACCAAAAGUACCCUUUUGUACAAGCUAAUGUCGCUGUAAAUACUAAAUUAACAUCAAGGUGCCCUUUUCGUUUAGAAGUUUCGAUUUUAGGUGCCCUUUUCAACAUCCGAAAGUGCCCCUGGAAGCCGGUGCCCCCCCCCCCCCAUCUUUUGAUGCUUCCUACGACCCUGCCUCCACAGCCAACAGUUAAUUAUUAUGUAUCUUGCAUAAAUUAUUAUACAAUGGACUAAAUACGCUUUAAGUUACUCUGCCUGGCAAAGAAAGUAAAACAUUUGCUAAAUUCCUAUUAAAUUUUCAUCCAAGUAAACGCUUAUGAAAACAUAACUUUCUGGCGGAGGUAACUAUAUAGGUAUAUGUGAGUUUACUAAAGUUGUGAAUAGUGAGUGGUUAGCACCGAUAUAAACAACCUUUAGGCCCCGUUUGCAUGAGACCGGAACGAAGUCAAACCGGGACCAUUUCGUUUCGGUCAUUGUAUUAUUUAUAAUAGAUGUUUACAUGGGAACGGGACGAAAAUAACUCAGACCUGUCUCAAGUCAUUCCGCCUGCUGGACCGAACCGACUGACUUCAGAGCGGCAUGAAUUCAAACUGGAUGAAUGUAAACAACAAAUACAUUUCAGAUCGGUCUCGGCUGUAACCUUCACAUCGGAACAACACAUGCUAACAAAAGCCAUCUAAAAAAAAAAUUCCCUGGCAAGGGGAAUAAAUUGAAAAUUUUGUGAUUUUCGUACCGGUCUCAUGUAAACAUGUUGACAAUUUCAAUUUUCAUUCCAGUUUAACUUCGUAUAAAUGGGGCCUUAGCCAAAUUUGUCUGCACACCAAUGAAACUCUUCAAUUCAUUUUAACUUUUAGUUUGUCCAACAGCGACUGCCGACCAAGGUGUCCUUCAAAGCUACAACUACCCAUCGUCCUACCCUGGAAACAUUAACUGUUUCUGGAAAUUUCAAGCACCAUCGAACUACCUUAUCAGGUUCUACACAGAGGAUGUACGUUUGUCUGCUGAUUGCGACGAUAGAUGCAACUUCUUGGCGGUGUAUGAUGGGCCCUCCUUCACUGACACCAAAUUGGGUGAUUACAAAGAAGAUAACGUUAGUCUUGUUUCAAGUUCCUCACAACUAUCAAUUCGUUUCAAAACAUACAAAGAAGGAUAUAAAGGAUUUCGUGGAAACUAUUUCUUCAUCAAGAAAAGUGAAGGUCAGUAUUAA